AUGUCAUUGGAGAGGCUUAUUGCCGGAGGUGUGCCACCGUCGGAGGCUCCGGUGAUGUCAAGGUCUCACUCAUCCCGCCAAUGUGGGGGGGAGCAGGUGUGGAUCUUCGAGGAGUUGCCGACGGCCACGAUCGAGUCGGUUUCACGGCCCGAUACCGGAGAUAUCAGCCCCAUGCUUCUGUCUUACACCAUUGAGGUUCAAUACAAGCAGUUCAAGUGGCGUUUACUGAAGAAAGCAUCACAAGUUCUCUAUUUACAUUUCGCUUUGAAGAAACGUGCAUUUAUUGAGGAAUUAUAUGGGAAACAAGAACAGGUUAAAGAAUGGCUUCAAAGCUUAGGAAUAGUGGAUCAAACAGCAGUGGUGCAAGAUGAUGAUGAACCUGAUGAUGGAGCUAUUCCUUUACAUUAUGAAGGAAGUGUUAGAAACAGAAAUGUUCCAUCAAUUGCUGCUUUUCCAAUAAUUCGCCCAGCACUAGGAGGUCAGCAGUCCAUUUCAGACAGAGCAAAGGUGGCAAUGCAGGGCUAUCUGAAUCACUUUCUAGGAAACAUGGAUAUUGUAAACUCCCGGGAGGUAUGCAAAUUUUUGGAGGUCUCCAAGUUGUCAUUUUUACGCGAGUUUGGUUCAAAAUUGAAAGAAGGUUAUGUAAUGGUGAAGCAUCUACCAAGGGUUGAUUCUGAUGUGAAGUGUUGGGUGUUACGUUGGUCCAGUUGUUGCCAAAGCAAUUGGGAAAAGGUGUGGGCUGUUUUAAAACCUGGUUUCCUAGCCUUGCUGGAUGAUCCUUUUGACACGAAACUCUUGGACAUAAUUGUUUUUGAUGUACUACCAGUCUCGAACAGAAAGGAGGGGUUAGAAGUAUACUUAGCAAAUCAUAUAAAGGAACAUAAUCCCUUACGUUAUGCAUUUAGGGCCACUUGUGGAAAUCGGAGCAUAAAGUUGAGAACCACAAGUAGUGCCAAAGUUAAAGAAUGGGUUACAGCAAUCAACAAUGCUGGUCUAAAAUCUCAAGAGAGUUGGUGCCAUCCUCAACGUUUUGAUUCCUAUGCUCCCCAAAGAGGUUUGAUAGAAGAUGGAAGCCAGGCUCAAUGGUUUAUAGAUGGGGAAGCAGCCUUUGAAGUAAUUGCUUCUUCAAUAGAGAAUGCAAAAUCAGAGAUAUUCAUUACUGGGUGGUGGCUUUGCCCAGAACUGUAUUUAAGACGUCCUUUUCAUAGUCAUCCUUCCUCUCAGCUUGAUGCAUUACUAGAAGCAAAAGCUAAGCUAGGGGUCCAGAUUUACAUUCUUCUUUACAAGGAGGUAUCUCUUGCUUUAAAAAUCAACAGUAUGUACAGUAAGAAAAGGCUCCUUGACAUUCAUGAGAAUGUAAGGGUUUUGCGAUAUCCUGACCAUAUAUCCACUGGAGUUUAUUAUUGGUCACACCAUGAAAAACUUGUUAUUGUUGACUCUAAGAUUUGCUUUAUUGGAGGAUUAGAUUUAUGCUUUGGACGUUAUGACACAACUGAACACAGAGUGGGCGAUUGCCCUCCUGUCAUAUGGCCUGGAAAGGACUACUAUAAUCCAAGGGAAUCUGAACCAAAUUCUUGGGAAGACACAAUGAGAGAUGAAUUGGAUCGUAGAAAAUAUCCCCGUAUGCCAUGGCAUGAUGUUCAUUGUGCUCUUUGGGGGCCACCCUGUCGUGACGUUGCUAGGCACUUUGUCCAGCGCUGGAACCAUGCUAAGAGAAACAAAGCUCCAAAUGAACAAAAAAUUCCACUGCUUAUGCCUCACCACCUCAUGGUCCUUCCUCAUUACAUGGGAAGAAGCCAAGAUAUAGAUAUUAAACACAACAACUCAGAUGAAAACCAGAAAAGCAUUAGCAGACAGGAUUCUUUUUCGUCACUAUCACCUUCGGAAGAUAUCCCAUUGCUUUUGCCUCUGGAAGCUGAUGGAGUAGCGGCUUCGAAUGUAGGCUCAAAGUUGAACGGCCUGCAUAUGAAUCACAAUCUUCUUGAUCAGCCAACUGGGGUCAAUGGAAGUUUCUCAUCCACAUUCCAAGAGCCAGAAGUUAAAGCCUCAGCUGCUGAUACACAGAUUAAAGGCUUUGUAAAUGACCUUGACUCUAUGGAUCUUCAGAGUGAAAUGGAUUCAAAUGCGGUUGCAGAGUGUGACAUGAAAACUUCAGAUGAGUGGUGGGAAACUCCCAAGGAAGGCAAUCAUGCUGUUGCAGGGAACGACUGUGUUGGUCCGCGUACUGCAUGCCGUGUUCAGGUUAUCAGAAGUGUCAGCCAGUGGUCUGUUGGAACAAGUCAAAUUGAAGGAAGCAUUCAUAGUGCUUAUUGUUCUCUCAUUAAGGAUGCAAAGCAUUUUAUCUACAUAGAGAAUCAAUUUUUCAUAUCGGGGCUUAAAGGAGAUGAGACAAUACAAAACCGUGUCCUAGAAGCUUUAUACCGUCGUAUUUUGAAAGCACACAAAGAACAGAAGUGUUUCAGGGUCAUUGUUGUCUUGCCACUCUUACCUGGCUUCCAGGGAGGUCUGGAUGAUGGUGGUGCAGCAACUGUUAGAGCCUUAACGCAUUGGCAGUAUCGUACUAUUUCUAGAGAAAAGCACUCAAUACUGCAUAAACUUAACGUUAUUCUUGGUCCUAAAACCCAUGAUUAUAUUUCUUUCUAUGGCCUGAGAUCCUACGGUAGACUUUUUGAUGAUGGUCCUGUGGCUACCAGUCAGGUUUAUGUGCACAGCAAAUUAAUGAUUAUUGAUGACCACAUUGCUUUGAUUGGUUCAUCCAACAUAAAUGAUAGGAGUUUGCUAGGAUCAAGAGACUCUGAGAUUGGGGUAGUAAUUGAAGAUAAAGACUUUCUUGAUUCAUCUAUGAAUGGAGAGCCUUGGCAGGCUGGAAAAUUUUCUUAUACUCUUCGGUGCUCCCUGUGGUCUGAGCACCUUGGUUUAUCUGCAGGAGAGAUCAAUCAAAUUAGUGAUCCUGUAACAGACUCAACAUACAAAGAUCUGUGGUUAGCAACUGCAAAGAAAAAUUCCAUUAUCUACCAAGAUGCCUUUGCUUGCAUUCCCAACGAUCGCAUACACUCUCGAGCUGCUCUCAGGCAAAGCAUGGCCCAUUGGAAGGAGAAACUUGGCCACACCACCAUUGAUUUAGGAAUAGCCCCUGAGAAGCUAGAAUCCUCUGAGAAUGGAGAAGUCAAGGAAAUAGAUCCAAUGGAGAGAUUGAAGUCUAUUAGGGGACAUCUUGUUUCCUUCCCUUUAGAGUUUAUGUGUGAAGAAAACAAUAUGAGACCAGUAUUCAACGAGAGUGAGUUUUAUGCAGCUCCUCAAGUAUUUCACUAAGGAGGUAGAGAAAUCAUAGGUAGAUAUGAUAUAUGAGAGAUCCAUUGUUUUACCCCCAAUUGUAGAUAAUCCCAUUGUGAGAAAGAGAGAACGGGAAUCCAUUAGCAGAAAGUUCACUCACAAUAUUUACUUAGAGUAACGUUAUUUA